GCUGUUUUGGUCCUGAUGGUACAGAUCGAUCCUGGCAGCCACAGACACACUGCUGGAUUAAAUGUCCUUGUGAAAGUCCAGUCACCACCUGUCCAAGAGAUGUCUGACUCUAUUCUAAACAACUCCUGGCCGUCCUUCUCUAAACUUUGGUUGAAGAGGUGGUCAUUCAAAAGAGCAUCAGAAUGUAAACCAUGCUCAACAUUUUCUGCCAUUCCGGACUCUCGUAGUGUAACACCAGAUGCAGAUCCAAAUUCUGAAGAAGCAUUUCUCCUGGCAGAAGAAAAGGAUGAUCUGUCUGUUGAUCUGAAUGACUAUUCCAAUGAUAUCAUAAGCAGCAGUGAGGAUCUGACUUCCAUAGAUUCUUCUCUUCAAGGCACAGAAUAUUACAAAGAUCUUGUGCAAAUGGAUGCAGCAGAAGACCCUAGAAGUGAACAGGAAGAGCACAAACUUGCUUCUGCUUCCUUCUGCAUGGCUGAUGAAACAGAUAUUACCCUUGGCAAGGGUGAGGUCAUCAUAACUUACACCAAGCCAUUUAUUUGCCCUGUGUCCUGUGGGCCUGGAGCAGCCAUUGAAGAGAACAUAACAGAAAACACAACAGAAGGGGACAAAGGAUCCUACAGACAACUUUUACCUAUUAAAUUUGAGGAACCUAUCCCCGUCUUGGUGAGAUCACUCUCUACUUCAAGAAGACACAGCUGGGAUGAUGCAGUGUCACCAUCGGAUACUGUUCGCAGGUUGAGUCUCAGUAAUUCGGAGAUAGCCAAUGAUGGAGAGAGGGACAUUGAAGAAUCAGCUGCUGCAACCAUGGUGCACAGCAUGGAAUUACCUGGACCAUGGGUGACAAACUUGAGCAUACAGGCAGAUGUUGGGGAACUUGGAGUACAGGAAACCAAUGCAGAAAGCAAGGAAGUAGAUAGCCAUGGCAAAAGACUGCGGUCAAAAUCUGUGCCUUCUACACUGGAUAAGAUUUCAACCACCAGAAUUUCUCGCAGCUUAGAGUCUUCCUGCCCUGUUAUAGAAGUGAUACAAACCCCUCAUCUGGAAACCACUGAGAAGGACCAUGUGGAACCCACUCAUGUGUUAUUUGUACAGCAGGUGCUUCAGGAGCUCAAACAAUAUCAUGGGACUAAAAAUAAGCAGGAAGGGAGCAGAGAACCCAAGCAGAAUUUGACCUGGUUCGAGUUCCUCUCUAACGAGCCAGAGGAAACAACAAAAUCUGAGAAAGUGGAGAAAGGUACCAAGGUGAAGCGAAGGCUUAGCUCACUGAGGAGCAGAGUCACUGGAUCCUGGCAAAAAGAUAAGGGUAAGAUAAAAGAAGAGCUAAAAGACAAAGGCAAAGAGGCAAAGGACACCUGGAUUAACACCAAUGGGCAUGAGUUGGUGCCAGGCUGCUUUUCCAGUCACGCCAAAUGCACUUUAUGCACCAAAGCACUUGCAAACAGGCACGGACUACAGUGCAUGUAUUGUGCGGUAAAUGUUCAUAAAAACUGCAAGGCCUUGCUCCCUGAAUGCACCAGCAACAAGCUGAAGAAAGAUAACUCACCAAAGCCUGUAGCAUCUUCUCUGAGCUGCCAGCAAGCUUCUUUGAAGGAGAAUCCUCGGAUUGCCAUAGUAGGGCUGGAUGGAACUCAUGCUCAGGCUCGGGGGCUCGGAAUGACUGUCACCCACAGAGGAGGUUCACGAGUAGAAAUACAAUCAAAUUCAGGAAGCAGAGCUAGUACCAGCACAGCAGAGAUGGAUGACGUAGAUUCUGGUUUGUCAAGGCUAAAGCUCUUCUCUGAUGAAAAUGUUUCCCUGGCUCCCGAUUCAGUAUUUUUAGAGGACUCCUAUACAAAUGUCAAAAGCGAGUUAGAUCUUGAUGCAUUGGAGUUUGAGGCAGGAUCGUGGAGUUGUGCUGUUGAUCCACUUUAUCUCAAAAAGCAGAAGAAAGAGGUGAUAAAAAGACAGGAUGUCAUUUAUGAGUUAAUGCAGACUGAGAUGCACCAUGUUAGAACUCUGAAAAUCAUGCUAAGGGUGUACUCGCGAGCUCUCUCAGAGGAGCUGCAGUAUGGGAACAAGGAUAUACACCAGAUCUUUCCAUGUGUGGAUGAUCUUCUGGAGCUACAUGUUAACUUCUUAGCAAGAUUCAAAGAGAGGCGCAAAGAAUCUAUGGAGGAGGGAAGUGAUCGGAAUUAUAUGAUUCAGAAAGUUGGUGAUAUUCUUGUGCAGCAGUUCUCAGGUGAAAGUGGAGAGAGAAUGAGGGAGAAGUAUGGGAUCUUUUGCAGUCAGCACAACAAGGCAGUGAGUCGUUAUAAGGACCUUUUGCGGGACAGUAAGAAAUUUCAAAACCUUAUGAAGAAAAUUGGCAAUUCUUCUAUAGUAAGACGGCUGGGUGUCCAGGAGUGCAUACUUUUGGUGACACAAAGGAUUACAAAGUAUCCAGUACUUGUAGAACGUAUCAUCCAGAAUACAGAAGAAGGGACAGAGGAUUAUGAAACGCUAACACAGGCAAUUGCACUUAUUAAAGACACUAUUACUGAUGUUGAUUCCCGUGUCCAUGAAAGUGAGAAAGUUCAGCGCUUGCGGGAAAUUGUAAGCAAAAUGGAGCUGAAGUCUUCAGGGAAGCUGAAAAAUGGGACAUUUAGAAAGCAGGAUAUUCUCCGAAGGCAAUUGCUCCAUGAUGGGGUGCUGUACUGGAAAACUGCCUCUGGGCGUUUAAAAGAUAUCCUUGCUGUUUUGCUUACUGAUAUUUUGCUUCUGCUGCAAGAGAAAGACCAGAAAUACUCAUUGUCUCCUGUGGACAACAAAGCACCUGUGAUUUCCCUUCAAAAACUGAUUGUCCGGGAGGUGGCUAAUGAGGAAAAAGCCAUGUUCCUGAUCAGUGCUUCAAACACCGGUGCAGAGAUGUAUGAAAUACACACUAACUCCAAAGAAGAAAGGAAUUUCUGGAUGAAUAUAAUUCGUGGUGCUGUAGAGAGUUGCCCCGUACAAGAUGCAGAAAUCCUCAACGAGGCAGAAGAAGAAAAGAAACUCUUUACUGAAAGAGCUGCUAAAAUAAAAGAGUUUCAAGAGCGCCUAAAUCAGAAAGACUAUGUUAUUGUUCAGUCCCUAAAUGAGAAGUUGCAAACAUGUAUGGAGAUGGCAGAAUUAUAUGGCUAUGAAGACCUUCCUCAGGAACCGAGGAUCACCUUGCUUCCCAGAGCUGAAACUGGGGAGAACCUUGAAGGAAAAGGCAUCCUACACUCAGCAGUCACAGCAGCUGAACGCAUCCACUACAUGCUUCUGUCACAAACGGCAUUGCUGAAUCCACUGGAUGAGGCAAACAAUUCUGCCACAAUCUUACCCAGAAGAUCUGAGACUUUUGGGGGCUAUGACACAGAUAGCUUUAAACAAAAGGUUAAGGACCGAAGGGCCGUGUCUAUGGGCUCAGACAGCCAAGUGCAAGAUGGUACCCUUAUUGAGCCUGUAGUAUCCACUACAGAUAAUAACAGCCCACCAGUAUGUCACGAGACUGAGAUGAUUACUUGUGUGGAGACAUUACUUCAGCAUCUUUACAGUUUGCAGGCGGUGAUUUCACAACAAGAUAGUUAUGUUGAGGUUCAAAAAGAACGGGAGAAACAGUUCCGACAGCAGUCUUCCCGCGGCAACAUGUUAUUGGAGCAGGAAAAGCAGCGUAACUUUGAGAAGCAGCGGGAAGAGCUGGGCAAUGUGCAGAAGAUGCAGGAUCAACUGAGGUUGGAGAAACAGAAGUGGGAACGUGAACGGGAGAGGCAACAGAGGGAAGCAGAGGCUAUGGAGAACAUGUUGAGGCAACGAAUGGGUGACAGCGAACUCCAAUUGCAAAAGCUGCAUCAGGAGCGUGAUGAACUGGAAGCACAGAGAAAGGAAUAUCAGCAUGACUUAGAAAGACUUAGAGAAUCCCAGAAAGCUGUGGAAAAAGACAGAGAACGCCUGGAGCUGAUGAAGAGGAUUAAAGCAACCAGUGCUGGAGCUGGGUCAUUUUCAUCUGACUUAAUACCGGUCGUAGUCCAUUCUGCAGCUUCUAAUGGGGAAGGAAUGCUCAGUACAGAGGCACCUAGCCAUUUACCCUUAAAACCCCUUGCCAAAACAACCAUGUCCAUGUCAGCUGCUGACUACCUAGAGAGGCCAGAAGUGGCUCGAAGGGAAAGUAAUGUAACUGACAUCCGUCCAGCACUUAAAAAGGAAGUGCCUAUUCAUUUAUUAAGUGCAACCAACCAGAUCCAGAAGCAGGCAGCUUUGACCAGACAGCAGAUCCCCACCCAUCUUGCAAUGGACAAAGGCAAGGAAAAGCCUAGCAGGGGAAAGGCUUCACAUCGAACAGAGAGCACAGCAUCACUGGACCACAGACUGGGGUUUCCACCCAAGCUCUCUGGAAAGGAAGAUGGCACUGUAAGAAGCAGAAGGUCUGCAAGUCCAAGUCCAUUUAGCAGCCAAACUGUAUUCUUUCAGCAAGAUCCUGUUGGACAAGCUGAACCUUCUCUUGAUACACCAUUCUAUACACCCGUCUUGUAUCGACCAAGCAGCUUCCACCUCCUGCCACCAUCCUUUCCUCCUCAGCCCCCACCACCUCCAGCUGAGGAUGAGGGAAGCAAGGAAAAUGUUAUUUAUUUCUAACAAAUUUGACAUCUCGUUGACAUUAUAAAAAAAACCUUUCUAGAUCAUCAACUCUACCAUUAAGGCCUUUCCAAACCUGCCAUGAUCCACACAUUGAGGCUCACUGUGAAAAUGAACUUGCCUUGUCAGUGACAAUGGAUUGCAGGUCCAUGGUGUGUGUGCGUGUGUGUUAUCUUGUUCUUUGUGAAAUCUAUGAAGGGAACAUGCAAUAUUCUUUGGGGGUAAAAGAAGCAUAAAGACUGGGAGCAAGACAAACCUAAUUUGUUCUGUAUAUCUGAUUUUGUAACCUCAGAAAUUGUUGGAUUAUUUUUCCUAAGCUUCUUUUUUUUUUUAAUCAUUGUUUAAAUAUUGAAGUUAUCUAUAAGAUCAUUGUGAUGUUAGUAUUCCCAGAACCUGUAUAAUGAAGAGCACACAUUUUGAUACUGACUUUAUUUCUGUUGCCUUGGCCAGGAGAGUAACAAGGAUUGCGAUGAUGGAAGAGGGUAACUAGUACGACCCACCACUUUCUUUUGCAGUGUGAUGAACAUACUUGCACUAUAUUAUAUAUGAUAUUAUAUACAAUAACCGAAGUCCCAAAUAUUUAAUGAAAUAGAGUUCUGUAAAAAAUAUUUUAGGCUUUAGGUCACCAGUACAAAAUGUAAUGGGCCAUACAUCAAGCUUAUUCCGUAUUACCUAGUAGACCUCACUGAUAUGUAAAAUAAUGGCUGUGUCAGAGCUCCCAGCAUUUUCUUAUUUGUUUUAUUAAAUAGGAUAAUGAUCAUUUUAAUGUUUUCCUCGCUCAUGGGACCAAAGUUUGGUGACAGAAAUGCUUUGUUAAAUAGAAUGAACUGAAAUACGCCAAGAAUGAUUUUAGCCUACUUCCCUGUAUAUUUAUAUAUACAUUUCAUUUUUUUUUUUUAUUCCCUAACCCAAACCUAUUUCAUACAGAUGACAUUUGAAUGGUUUUGAUAUUAACCAGCUCCAGAAAUUCACAUGGCCUCUGUAAUUGGAUUGAAUCUAUGCUGAUAAAUUGCUUUAGUGGCAUUAAAAGGGCUGGACCCUUAAUAGCUGAUUAUAAACCAAUGACCCCUAUUAAUCAUUCUUAGCAUUAGAAUGCCCAGCUCUGAACAAAUCCUCAGUUACUGUGGAAUAUAUGUAGUGCCAUUAUAAUUUUUUUUAAAUCUGUGUUUUUAACUAUAUAUAUAUAUAUGUACAUUGUAUUUACGUGGCAAUUUUAUGUGAGCACUUUAGAAGAGAAUUGAAGAGCACAUAUCUGUUGUAUAUCUAAGGAAAUGGUAAUUUUAUGUCUUUAUUCAGGUGCAAGAAAUCAUUGUUUUUUCAGAUGUGCAAAGGUACUAGAUUAUUGAUAUCACUACUGUAAUAACUUGCCUAUUUGCUAUUCUGUUUCUCAACUUGGUCUAACAACACUUUUAAUCAUUUGAAUUGCUUGUGGUACCAAGGGGUGUGUAUUUGUGAUGGGGCAAAGCUUUCCAGUGGCUAACCAUCUUUGUAAUGACAAAUCAUAUAUUCCCAAGUGACGCCGCUGCUGUACUGCACUAUGGGGUAUGCUAUGGGCCCCAUGGAUAAAUCACUACGUGCUCUCAGACUUUGCAAUGGGGCCCAGAAAUAAUUUCUUAUUCUCUUGUUUCCAAAAACAUCUUAGCGCUUAUAUUCAAAUGUUAUCAUCAUUUAUUUAUAUAGUUGCCAGCAAGUUACAUAGCGACUGUAUUUUAACAAGCAGGGGGUGUUGCCAUAAAUUAGAGAGUAAAGCUUACAGAAUUAUACAGUAUGGUUGUGCUUGCAAUAUUUUGGACCAAUACUAGAUCUUUUUUUUAACAUACUCUGUGUUCUAAAAGGAACAUUAAUGAUAGAAGUAGCACAUCUUUAAAAACCAAUAGGCAAAAUAAUAAUUCCAUGCCAAGGUAAAUACACAAUGUGCCUAUUCAAACAAUAUAUUAUACACAAGGCCCACAGUUUCCAAAUUAAAAAAAAAACUGCACAGAACAUGUAGGAUCCCUGUUAGGGGGCACAGCUCUGUGUAAUGUAUUUUUUAUAUGAGUGUUCUUGUUUAAAUGCAAAACGACUAGGACUGCCACCUGGCUGGUAUUUUACCAGCCUGGUUGUUAAAAUAUAUGCUGGAUGCCAAUGUAAUUAAUAGGCAAGAAAUAUGACUAAAUAGGAAGGCCGGAAAAUUUUUUUUCUAGAACAGGUAGCACCCUAAAAGCAACUUACAACAAUAGCCUCUCCCAAGAUAUUUGUAAGCAUUGCGUUUCGGCAAGCCCAGGAUUCCAGUAACAUAUUCAUUAACAUGAACAUCAGUUUUGUGGAUUAUGAAUGCCACCACUGGUUGACUUUGAGGUCUAAAUUGCAAUUAAAGGAGAUGCUAGAUUCUCUUUUAAGUGAUUAUAGCUUAGUGGUCAUUCCCAGACCUUCUGAGUCCUUUUCAGUAACUUAGCAGCUUAACAUAAGCAAAGAACUAGAAGAGAGUAAGUUAUAAUUGUGUAAAUAUAACUGUAUCCGAUUGGUGAAUUCAAAUCAGCUGAGACUACAAUUGUUAAAUCUCCAGGAGAUAUCUUAUUUGCAAAUACAGUUUCCAUCGCCGGUGGGAUGGCAUACACAUCGCUACGAUUUCCUGAAGUCACCAAAAGUUUCCUUGAGAGGUGACUUUGGGAAAUUGUAGCGACGUGUAUGCCAUCCCACCAGCGAUUUGCAUUCUUGCCAGUGGGAUGAAAUUGCGGGGAGAUUAGUUGCCCGCGGUAACGAAGAUUUGUCGUGGGGCAACUAAUCUCCCCGUGUGUCACUGCCCUUAGGUGAACAAGGCACUGUGCGAGGGCCUGCCUGAUGCAAACACUGAUAUUGAUCUGGUUCCCCUGAGAACAUACUCUGCAAAUACUGUGUCUUUGUGCAGGACUGCUUUCCAAUUGGGCAGGUGGUUUGACUUGAAAGGUGAAGACACACAGCAACUUUUUAGUAGCUACUUGUCAUGACUACUAAACACCAGAAAAUCCCCUGACAAUUCAGACUGCCUCUGCUAAACACACAUAGUGACAUUUAUCAGUAAAUGAUCAACAUUGUCUGUUUUAGUAGCCAUUAUAAGUAGCUUCUACUAGUAACUGUGUUUUUUCGUCCUAAGGAUGAAGACACAUGGAGCUACUAGUAGCAGCUACUUGUUGUGGCUACUAAAAUAGACAAUGCUGAUCAUUUACUGAUAACUGUUUCUAGCAGAGGCAAUUCUCAGUACUGUCUGUGGGUAUUUUCUGGAGUUUAUUAACCAUGAAAUAGUAGCUGCUACUAGUAGCUCAGUGUGGCAUCACCCUAAAGUUUUUAACUUGUCCAUAGAGCAGUUUAUAUGCAAACGGAUGUUUUUUGAUGAGUGCAUUGUGUGUUGGUGUGAGAAGAACAUGGGGGCACUCCAAAAUUCCCACUUGAGAUCAUGUCCAACACUGCCGGAGAUGUAGUCUUAUAUAUUUCCUGCUUAUUUUAAUGGAAAUUGCUUAUUUUGCCUUUAAUAGACAAAAUAUUAUUGUACAGACAGUACAUUCCAUUUUGUGUGUUUCUAAUACUUAUACUUAUUGACUGAACCCCAGACACAAGUAUUUCUGUUUCUACUAUCAUGCCUAGUUGGCCACAUCACUUCCAAACUAUUGCCUGGUUAAUCUGAUAGAUGUAAUAUUUUGUUUGUGGUCAGGAUAAAUGGGAAUCUUGUGUAUGUCAUUAAAGUGCUGAAUGUUAUUUUGUUGUAUUUGUAGGCUUCUUCAGUACAAUAAUGUCACUGUGAUGUCUGAUCUCCAACCCUAGAGUAGCCAGAAAACCAGACAGAUCGUACAGAUUCCAGCUGCUAGAAUGUUUGGUUUUAGAAAGUGGACCCCAUUAUUUUGAAUGACUCGUAAAGUGUUGAAUAUAACAAUAUAAAUGAUCCAAUCUGAACCUAGAAAAUUAAUUUUAAGCACAAGUUGCUUCAGAAAGUUGUAGCCUAUGCCAUCAUAUCCACACACGUCUUUUCUUUGUUGGCCCUGCCUGUGCUUGCUUACAUCACUAGCCAAAGAUUUAAUUAACAUUUUUUCCAGAAGGCAAAAACAAUCUGCUAACUUAUGUCAUUCACAUGUUUUUUUUUAUGAAAUCAACAUGUUUUCUCAAUUGCAUGGUUAUGGUUACAUGUUUGUUACAGGGCAGACAUCUCUGUUGGACUAGCUAGAUACCAGUGGGACCCCACCAGCAAUGGUUAUAGAUCACUCUGAAUGUAGAGUUGCUAGGCUGCCAACUGCCAGCUUUCUAGAGUAGCCCAGUUACAUGGAAACUUCCCUUUCCACACUGAUACGUUAGGUCUCUAGAGAAAUAGAAGAUGAUUGAGGCAGUACAAAUAUGUUGAAUAUCGAUGUACACUUUGUAAAUAUAUUAAUACAAACUAUUUUUCUUUAAAAUCAGAUAUAAAUGCACACUUUUUUAAAAGUUUUCUUUGGAUUAUUGAAUGAACAAACAGCACCCUGCAGUAUUCCAAUGAUAAUACCACUAAUGAUUCAAGCAAGAUUCAAUGGCCCAGCUUCUGGUAUUAUGACUUCUGUUUUUCCUUUCCUUAAUUAAGAAUGUAUCACUGAUUUUGCAGGACAUUGAAAUCCAUCCUUUUGAAAAGCUGUUUGCUUUCAGCAAUAAAAAGUAAAAAAAAAACUUAAAA